GAGCGCAUUCACUUCAGCCUCAAGAAUCUGGAUCGGGUGCACCCCUGCAGACUUGCCGUGUACAAAGUGAUCUCCAGCAAGACGUUUGACAACACCAUCAUGGGCUGCAUCGUCCUGAACACCAUUGUCAUGGCAUUGACCAUCUUCCCCGAGCCCCUGGACGGGUGGAACAACUGCCAGGAGGCGGGCAACACGAUCUUCGCCGCGAUCUUCGCCGUGGAGGCCGUCCUGAAGUUGAUCGCGAUCCGCCUGCACUACUUCCUCGAUCCGUGGAACCGCUUCGACUUUGUGUGCGUCCUGGCGAGCUUCGUCGGCGCUCGGGGCACAGGAUCGGUGACGUCGGUGAUCCGCAUCCUGCGCAUCGCGAGGCUAUUCCGCCUGCUCAGGUUCUUGAAGGAGCUGAACCGGCUCUUCAGGUGCUUAUUCAGGUCGAUCCCCAAGCUGUGCAACGUGCUCAUGGUGCUGAGCCUGGUUCUCGUGCUCUUCAGCAUCUUGGGAAUGAGUCUCUUUGGUACGGCCAAGCUUCACGAGACCUUCAACGAGCACGGCAACUUCAGGACCUUCCUGCGUGGUUUCGUCACGCUGCUCCGAGCCUCCACUGGAGAGGCUUGGAAUGAGAUCAUGCACGACUUGGCAAAGGACGAGAGGGACUGGUUUCGCCAGGCGAACCACUUCAGGGUCAGAGCGCAGCUGAUCAAGGAUGCGAAUGUACAGACGGCGCGAGAAGGCCCGGAGAGUAGGGGGCAGAAGAUGCAGGUGGAGCCCGACAAGCAGGACGCCCGCGUCGUGGGCGCGGACGUGGGGGCCCUUCUCUUUCAGCUCCAGGCCUGGGUUCGGACGUUAGAAGAUCAGGCGCCCAACGCGGCCUUAACUCAGCGCGGCAGCCCGAUCGCGAAGACGGCGAUCACGGCGCACCAGGACUUCAUCAAGAAGCGCAGGGAGAAUCCAGAGAGUAACAUAAGCGCCCCGAGCUUCCACGGCCUCUCCGCGAUUCUGCACGUCUUCGAGAACUGA